AUGAGUGUCCCAGAAAAUGCUUUAGACUCACCAAACUUACUAAAGCGAAAGAAAGAGGACUGCCAGGAGGAAUUUCUAGAGGCUGAAAUCAAGAGAGUUGCCUUAGAUGACACCGAAGAAGCAGCCAACUCAAACGAGGAAACUAAGGACUAUAUUCAUUUACGAAUGCUUUGCUUGGUGAAGCAAGCAUCAAUGGUAGUGGGACCUGGAGGUGAAAAGAUAUCGAAGAUGAAAAGCGAGACGAAUACUAGAAUAAACGUUUCCGACAACAUUAGAGGAGUACCCGAAAGGGUGAUAUUUAUCAGAGGCCGCUGUGAAGAUGUCGCGAAAGUAUUUGGAAUGGUUGUGAGGGCCAUCAAUGACGAAAAGGAUGAAAAGUCUAAUGAGAACUCAGCAUCUAUAGCAAUCAAUUUACUAAUUCCUCAUCAUAUGAUGGGUUGCGUUAUCGGAAGACAAGGUUCAAGAUUGAGGGAGAUCGAAGAAUUGAGUGCGGCUAAAUUGAUAGCAGGCCCACAAACUCUACCGAUGUCAAAUGAUCGCAUCCUAUGCAUUACCGGAGUUGCAGAUGCCAUACAUAUUGCAACCUAUUACGUUGGACAAACAAUACUUAACCACAAAAGCACUUUUGCUUCUAAAAAGUGCAUAUUUUAUCAACCUAAUCUCCUUCACUCUGUUUUAGUGAAUAGCUAUGGUGUGAGCUUCCAACAUCAGCAACAACACCAAUACCAUCCGGGUGAAAAAAACAAGAAGAGACUACAGCGAGUUGCACCCCCGUCUGACUUUGGUUACGGGUUUACCUCAGUAUCCCCACAUGCUGCUUUCACGUCGCCCCUACCCGUCAACAAUGUUAGAAUAGCAGAUGGUAUAGCAACUGCGACUAUGCCCGCUACCAUAACUUCGCAGUUGAGUUUAAUUCAGCAGGAGAUAUAUAUCGACGAUAACUUUGUCGGUAACGUCAUAGGAAAGGGCGGAAGGCAUAUAAAUUCGAUAAAAGAAACUACCGGCUGCUCUAUUCAAAUCGACGACCCUAUUGAGGGACGUACAGAAAGAAAGAUCGUCAUAAGAGGUACACCAAUAGGAAGCCAAACCGCUAUUUUACUUAUCAAUAAUAAGAUUGAGAUAGAUAGGCGUAACAAGGAAGUUAGCGGAAAAAGGGUUUAG